AUGCUAAUACCAAAGCUCAAGAGCAAUUGUCGUACGCUUUGUCGUUUUAUUCCCGGUGGUUUGACGAGUGUUUUGUUGUGCAGUCAAGUGAGACCGCUUGCCGUUUUGCCACCUGAAGGUCAUUUCCUGGUUGAAGUAUCUUCGACUAGGAAUCGGUGUAAUUCGACUGAAUGCUUAUUUAUGGAUGGGGAAAGUGUGCGCAGUGGACGAAGUGAAAAAAGUGACCGUUCUCGUCGAUCGAAACGCAUUCAGAAGACAAAUAAUGUUACACCGAACCAGUCUAUGUGCAUGUUUCAGGGACAGUUAAAGGGUGUACCUGCUUCUCCACAAAAACAACCCUUGAUUUGCGACCCGAAUAUGCAACCUAUCGACUCAUCUAUUCGCCCAUCUCAAAAUACUCUGAUGCCAGUUGUGCAGCAACCUCAUAUGAACAUGUUUCCUCAGCAAACAUUAGGUCUGCAGCAUCCCAACCCCCAUCCAUACACAUUAGAAACAUGGAUGCCCCCUUUAAUGCCGAUGAAUCCCAAUUUUUCCGCUUGUUCUCAAUCAAAUAUGUAUAUUUCCAACGCUCAAAGUUGGGCAGGUCAAGCCCCACCUCAGGCAUAUGCUCAGCAAAUGAUUCCUCAGUCAAUACCUACCCCUUUCACUCGACCUCCAAUUUGUGGAGGAGUACAGUCAAAUCAAAUCCAGCCGCAACAGCAACAGAGCGGUCACUUUAUUUCCACUGGACAACAACAUCCCUUAGCACAUAAUACUGCAUCUCAUAUUCCACCUUCUCAGAUACCUUCUCAACCAUCAUCACAAAUUCAUGAACCAUACCGAAGUGAGCGUUUUGAUUCCCAACUUGCUCAUCAAGAUGAAAAUGCCUGGGUUGAGGAAGCUACUGCUGUUACAGGAGCCACGAGCGAAACUGGAUUGAGCGGUGACAACUUCUCUCGGUUUGGAGCAAGGCUGUAA